AUGAAGUUCAACCUCGGUACUACCAUCAUAGGACUUGUUCACAUCACCAACGUUGUGGCUGACACAUCUUCCCUCGUUGAUCCUCGCACCAGGUUCCCAGAUCGCUACAUACUCCCCAACCAGACCUUCCCAGGUCUUCAGUCAAACUGGAAUCCCCCCAUCGAUAGUGGAGAGCAGUCGUAUGUCGGGAAUGGGCGUCUCAAGGGGCGCAAAGCUUUGAUCACUGGCGGUGACUCUGGUAUCGGGCGAGCCGUUGCCAUUGCCUAUGCACGAGAGGGUGCCGACGUAACAAUCAACUAUCUUCCUGAAGAACAAUCAGAUGCAGAUCAAGUUCAGCGAUAUGUUGAGGAUUCCGGGGUUAAGUUCCACGGCAUCCCAGGAGAUCUGCGCAAUGAGACAUUCUGCACCGACCUUGUCCAGCAGGCUCAUGCAGCCAUGGGUGGGCUUGAUAUUCUCGUUAGCAACGCUGGCGUAGCCACCAACCAACCAAACAUUUCGAAAAUUUCAGGAGAGCAAAUCAGACGUACCUUUGAGACAAACGUCUAUGCUUCACUAUUCCUGACUCGUGCGGCCGCACCUCUUAUGCCAGGAGGAUCCAGCAUCAUGUUCACUGCUUCUACCACCGGACGUCUCGCCGUGCCCUAUCUCGUCGAUUAUUCUGCCACCAAGGCCGCUCUUGUUUCGAUGGCACGAACUAUUGGCGUUCAGUUAGCUCCCAGGGGCAUCCGUGUUAACGCCAUUGCCCCAGGAAUGACCUAUACCAACUUUCUUACCAGUCAAGGGCAGACUCAGGAGUCAGUUGAAGCGUUUGCUACCGCAUUUUUGCCUCUUGGACGCCUUCAGCAGCCCGUCGAAGUUUCCCCUCUAUAUGUUUUGGUUGCUGCAGGUGAAAACACUGCAUCGAUCGGAAGCGUCUACUCUUCCAAUGGUGGAGAUACCGGGUUCUAA